GUUAUCUCCAUGGUCUCCUGGAAAGAAACAUACCGGAGAUUCAACUUCACCAUAACUUAUCGGUCUGAUACUAGAAAUUCAAAAAUGGAUGCUCUGUCUGUGCAACUUUCUCCCUCAGAAACAGCAUAUCGAGAAAGAUUACAAAAUCAAGAGGACUUGGAUUUCCAUUGUGUUCUGCUGGAUGACAACUUCCAAGGACUUGGCUCCCUUCCUACUGGAUUACAUCAACACAGAACAGAAAUUUUUCUUCAGCCUGAAUCUGCUCAGUCUCUCCUCAACCUCUCUCCUCUCAAAGGUGAUGGAAGUUGUUUUUUCAUUCGUCUCUGUGGACUUCUGAAGCACUUCAAUAACAGGUCUCAUCAUCCAUCUGACAGGAGAUGAUGCGUCAUCAAUGCUGGGAUCAUUGCCAGAGCAGCAGCUGAAAGCUAAUGUAUUCUGCGGCACACGACCCCGUCAGUGAAUGAAGUUUUUACAGUUUUCUUGUUCUUUACCAAAGCAGGUUUUAGACUAAACAGUGUAAAAAUACAUACAGAUGUGAGGCUGCUUUUCGUUCCAUUUAGCCUUGGCUGCUGCUUUAAACUUACUGAAUAUGAUAUUUCACACUGGCAGGUUUAUAUCACAUUGUUAAUAUAAAUACAUCAAUUACAGCUUCUGUAACU